AUGGUAGAAGAAAAUUGCAUUGGCGAAGUUGGAAAGAGAUUGCGUGGCCUAAACGGAAAGGUGGCCUGGGUUUCAGGAAGCUUGCAGAGCCCUGUUACUGAAAAUGAUGGAUGGAAUGUGGAGAUUCUGCGUCUUAAAUUUCUGGAAGAAUUGAAGUUGAAAUGGGGGUAUUUGAAGGGGAAGCUUCCACAGCUGCAAUGUGCGCAGAUUUACAAAUGUCCGGAGAUCGGAUCGUCUCUUCCUGACUUCGACAAGAUGGGAUUUUGGGUGAGGAAUGAAAAAGAAGCAAGCUCAAGCUCCGUGGCUAGAACUAGUGCUUCAGUUCGUAUGAAAAAUGAAGAAGAAGCAAGCUCAAGCUCCAUGGCUGCAACUUGUGCUUCAGUUCGUAUGAGAAAUGAUGAAGAAGCAAGCUCAAGCUCCAUGGCUGCAACUAGUGCUCCAAUUCGUAUGAGAAAUGAAGAAGAAGCAAGCUCAAGCUCCAUGGCUGCAACUAGUGCUCCAGUUCGUAUGACAAAUGAAGAAGCAACAAGCUCUAGCUCCAUGGCUGCAACUAGUGCUCCAGUUCGUAUGAGAAAUGAAGAAGAAGCAAGUUCAAGCUCCAUGGCUGCAACUAGUGCUCUGGUUCGUAUGACAAAUGAAGAAGAAGCAAGCUUAAGCUCCACGGCUGCAACUAGUGCUCCAGUUCGUAUGGCAAAUGAAGAAGAAGCAAGCUCAAGCUCCAUGGCAGCAACUAGUGCUCCAGUUCAUAUGAGAAAUGAAGAAGAAACAAGCUCAAGCUCCAUGGCUGCAACUAGUGCUCCAGUUCGUAUGAGAAAUGAAGAAGGAGCAAGCUCAAGCUCCGUGGCUGCAACUAGUGCUCCUGUUCGUAUGACAAAUGAAGAAGAAGCAAGUUCAAGCUCCAUGGCUGCAACUAGCUAGCGCUCGAGUCGUUCAAGAUGAUCUGGACAGUUGAUCGGAUUGGGUUCCGACACAGAUUCUUGAUGCUGUAGAAAUCUCCUGGAUUGGAGUAUUCUAACCCUU